AUGUCGGAUUCAACGACUCAAGAAAUUUCUAUAGGUCAAUGUCAAUUUCUUACAAUUCAUUACAAUCCAGCUGCUCAUCCUAAACAAAUCUCUUUAUUAGAUGCAAAUGGUCAAUCAAUUCUUUACACAUUAAUACCAUCAAAUCAAGAUAGUCCAGCACAAGUUACACCGCAACUGCAACCGAAUAAUAUCGCUGUAAUGCCAAAUGCCACACACAUUCCACCUAAUGCGAAUGUGUGUUGUAUCUGUGGUAGUCAUCCUGUUGCUAAAUGUAGUUAUGGAAUAAGUCGUGGACGACCUUGUGGUCGUUUAUUAUGUUUAUCACAUAUGUGUGAAUUACCCGGUGCAAAUGGUGGAAGAUAUCCACAUUGCUCUGAACACUAUCAAUAUAUUCAACAAAAUAAAUGUAAUGUUAUGUAA